AUGGGAGGCCUGGCAGCGACAGCACUGAGGGAGUCGCUGGGCAACAUCGGCUUCUUUCUCACCUACGAGGCCAUCAAGCACCGCCUCUCUUACUCUCCCCCUCCUUGUCUCUCUCUCCUUUCCCCCUCCUUCGUGCUGCAGCCGCAGGGGUUAUUCAGAGGCUUGGCAGCAACAGCACUGAGGGAGUCGCUGGGCAACAUCGGCUUCUUUCUCACCUACGAAGCCAUCAAACACCGCCUCCUCCCCGUCCUCGCCCCCUCCUCUCCCUCACACUCCUCUCCCUCGUCUUCCUCCUCUGCCUCCUCGGACCUCUCAGUUGAGAAUGUGUAUGAAGGGUCAUUCCGAGACAGGGAGGCGUCGAGGAGACGAGAUGUGGCAGACGGGAGAGGGGGCGAAGGGGAAGGGGUGUUGAGGGGGAGGGAGGCAGAGGGAGUGGGCGGGGCGAGUGAGUGGCGGAGGGUGGCAGCUGAGGCUGCUACUGCCAUUGCCAGUGGGGGGAUAGCAGGCAUUGUGUUCUGGUCAGCGGUGCUCCCAUUCGAUGUCAUCAAGACGCGCAUUCAGACGGCCGACACGUCGGCAUCGCCCGAGUCGCUGAGAAUGCUCAGCCAGUGCAAAGCCGUGAGUGCUCAGCCAAUUCUAAGGGAGAGUGGCAUCAGGGGGUUCUAUGCAGGUCUCCUGCCCACACUCACCCGAGCUUUCCCGGCCAAUGCUGCGGCUGUUGUUGCCUGGGAGCUCACCUCGAGGCUGCUAGGGGUCUCCAACCCUUGA